AUGGCGAUGGUUCAGCUUUGCGACGCUGCCGUUCGGAGGAUCGCUUCCGCCGCCGGGCAACGGAUGGCUAGAUCUUCUCUCUCGUCAUCUACGGCGGCGCCGGCGCUGGGGACGGAGGCUCCAAUCCUGUGCGGUCGAGGGGAUAAGAAGACUAAGAAAGGGAAGCGGUUCAAAGGUUCGUACGGGAAUUGCAGACCGAAAAAGGAGCAAAAAAUCGAGAGGAUUAAGGAUAAGGUUGAAGUCCCGAGGUCGACUCCAUGGCCACUCCCUUUCAAGCUCAUCUGA